CGUUCGUCCUCUGUGUUGCUUACAUUGUAUCAAUCUCCCAGCAUUGAAAUAUACAAACUGCCGUCAAGAUAUGGUAUAGAUUCAACGAAAUCAAAUCAGGGAUUAAAACUGGAGUCGAAACCGGUUGAAAAUUGGAUUGUAUACCGGGGAGACGGAGCAGAUGUUGAUCUCAAACCGGGGCCGAAAUUCAACCUAAAAUACUCAUUUUAGCCGGUAUCUUUCAAUUUUGAACAGGAUCUCAACGUGCGAUGGCUGCAGUCCAGUAAGCUGGCCUUUCCAUCAAUUCCCUACUGUUGGAUUUCUUUGGGGUUUCAUUUUAAGUAUUUUUGGCUCGUUUUAGCCCAUUUUUCAAAACUUCCAGGAUCUAUGGAGUGCACUUAAAUAUUAUAUGGUGGAUCGGGGUCGGAUGUGGGGGGAAAAAUGUGGGUAACUAGGGUGAGGCUACCGAGACCCUAAAGGCAGCUAUACCCCCCCAGUUUUCUCAGAAGGUGUGGGACCUCACUGUGGCAAGCCUGGGCCGCGGGCACUAAGAUGUCCCUAAGCAGUGGCACUGCAGGCGGGAAAGGUGUGGACUCGAAUGCGGUGGACACUUACGAUAGCGGCGAUGAGUGGGACAUAGGCGUCGGCAAUUUGAUCAUUGACCUCGACGCCGAUCUAGAGAAGGACCAGCAAAAACUGGAAAUGUCUGGAGCCAAGGAAGGAGGAGGCAUGGCAGCGCCAACCAAUGCUGUGGCAGCCCUACCCGAUAACAUCAAGUUCGUUAGCCCCGUGCCAACCCCCCAGGGCAAGGAGAGCAAGUCUAAAUCAAAGAGGAGUAAGAAUUCCAAAGACAGUAGCAAGGCCUCCUCAGGCGAGGGGGGCAAGAGGGACUCCCAAGCGCGCCCCCUUGGGGAUAGCAUGACAUCCACGGGCACAGCUGGUUCCAGCAACCCCCCGACCAGCAAAGGCACGGACAAAAGUGCCAAAGCCUCCCGCAGCGCCCCUAGUGGCAAGAAGGAGAGCAGUUCUGGGAAAAACAAGAAGGAUAAAACUGAAGUAGCUGCAAGCUCUAGUGAAAAGGAGGCCAGCGUACAAGGCCUGGCUUUAGCUGCCAGAGGCGGGCAGUUUGAGGCCCCUCCGAGCGCAGACUUGGCAGCAGCUGAACAGCUUGGGAAUAUGGCUGUUGAAUCCAGUGGGAUUGCAGCUCCAUUGGGAAUUAAAACUGAACCUGAGGAGCUGAACAAUGAAACCCGGACACUGAAGAAAGUUAAAACAGAAAAGAUGGAGUCUCCAGUCUCCACGCCUGCCCCUCCCCCAUUGCACCUCCUGACUCCUGUGGGAAACAAUGACAUCGCCUCCCCCUGCGAGCAGAUCAUGGUGCGCACGCGCUCUGUUGCCGUCAACACCUCUGAUGUAGCCUUGGCAACAGAGCCAGAGUGUUUAGGACCCUGUGAACCCGGGACCAGUGUAAACCUGGAAGGGAUCGUUUGGCAGGAGACGGAAGAUGGAAUGCUUGUUGUCAAUGUGACCUGGCGUAACAAGACCUAUGUGGGGACGCUGCUGGACUGCACAAGGCAUGACUGGGCACCGCCACGGUUCUGUGAGUCGCCCACCAGCGACCUGGAGAUGAGGAAUGGCCGGGGAAGGGGAAAGCGGAUGCGGCCCAAUAGCAACACUCCUGUGAACGAGAACAGCAACUCGUCUGACACCAAGGGCAGCGGCGGCGGCAGCAAGACACGGGCGGGCUCCAACAGCAAGGGCCGCCGCGGGAGCCAGACCUCAUCUGAGCACCGCACUCCGCCCAACAGCAACACCGAGGACGUCAAGGCCAGCCCGUCCUCGGCCAACAAGCGGAAGAGCAAGCCGGCCUCUGACAUGGAGCCCAACUCCAGCUCGGAGGACACCAAGGGGAGCAAGCGCAUGCGCACCAACUCCAACAGCAGCGUGCCCCCUCCGGCCAUGCCCGUGCCUGCCGUGAAAUCUGAGCCCCUUCCACCUCCCGUCGACCGCAACUGUCCUUCACCCAUCCUCAUUGACUGUCCGCACCCCAACUGCAACAAGAAGUACAAGCACAUGAAUGGCUUGAAGUACCACCAGGCUCGCGCCCACAACGAUGAGGGCUUUAAGCAGGAGAUGGAUGGGGACAGUGAGUAUGGGGAGGACUCUACGCUUCAUCCUGAGCCUGGGAGUUGCAACGGAGCCUCCGUUUCCCAAAAAGGAUGUCUUUCGCCAGCACGGUCUCUUACGCCAAAAGGCAGAGGCUUUGAAGGUCACAGCCCAUCCCCUUCUCCUGGAAAGUUCAGCUCUAAGCAAUCCAGCAAAAAGAAGUCCUGUGACGCAGACCAGGAAUCUGUUGGGGUCCCCGUAGACGGUUCUGAAAAUGGGCCCUGCCUCACGGACGAGGCUAGCAACGACGGUAUGGAUGACAAGAAAGGGUCUGACAAGGACAAGUCAAAGAAGCCCAAUAGUGGGAGUGCCAAGCCUGAUAAGGUCCAGCAAAAAAGUUUGAAGUCGGCCAGACCCAUAGCUCCAGCCAUACCUCCCCAGCAGCUCUACACUUUUCAGACAGCUACCUUCACCACAGGCAGCCCGGGUUCCUCUCCAGGCUUGACCACCACUGUUGUCCAGGCCAUGCCCAAGAGCCCUCAGCUGAAAGCCAUCCAACCCAAACCCACUGUGAUGGGAGAGCCCUCCACUGUGAACCCAUCUUUGAGCAGCUCCAAGGACAAGAAGAAGAAGGACAAGAAGAAAAAAGAGAGUAAGGAUGCGGACAGUCCCAAUCCUUCUGGUAAAGGAGGAAAACCAGAGGAAGGAAAGAGCCCUUACUCUGAGUCUUCUGAUCCUGGGAGCAAGAGCGACGGGAUGUUGAACGGUUCUUCAGAUCCCCACCAAAGCCGCUUGGCCAGCAUCAAGGCCGAGGCGGACAAGAUCUACAGCUUCUCAGACAAUGCUCCUAGUCCAUUGAUAGGUGUGGCUAGCCGGCUUGACAGCACUGGCAUGGUCCAGCCAAUGGCUCCUCUUCAUGUAGUGACCCAAAAUGGUGCAGACAAUUCUUCAGUCAAGACAAAUAGCCCAGCUUACUCUGACAUUUCUGAUGCAGGGGAAGACGGGGAAGGCAAAGGAGACAGUGUGAAGGCCAAGGCAGAUGACCAGGCCAUAAGGGAAGGGGCUAAGAAAGCCCUCUUUCCUUCCCAAACCCCUAGCAAGGAGUCUCCUUUCUAUUCAGGCUAUGAAGCCUACUAUUCUCCUAACUACACCAACCCCAGCCCGGGGGCUUCCAAUUCUAGCACUUCGCUGGCAGAAGGCCAGCCUGUAAAAAUAAAGAAAGAGGAGGAACCGGAACCCAUCGACACAAAGGUGAAAGUGGAACCUCCGGAAGAACGGAAGCCUGAAGUUAGCAUGCCUUGCCAACAGCAGCAGCCCUCUGUCAUACAACAGCGCUCCAACAUGUAUAUGCAACCCCUGUACUACAACCAGUAUGCCUAUGUCCCACCCUAUGGAUACAGCGACCAGGCAUAUCAUGCCCACUUGAUGGCUUCCAAUCCAGCGUACAGGCAACAGUACGAAGAGCAUCAGAGGCAGAGACAAGCCGCCGAGCAGCACCGUGCGGCCGAGAAGAAAUCGGACAUGGCCAUGAGAGAGAGGGAGGCAGCCAUGAAGGAGGAGUGGAAACAGAAGGCCUCUAUCCCUCCCACUCUCUCGAAGGCCCCCAGCCUCACGGACCUCGGAAAACCGGCGCCACCAAGCAAGCCUAAAGACUCUGAUUCAGAGCCAGCAAAGUCAGUCAUAAUCCCCAAGGUGGAGGACUCCUCUUCCUCCUCCUCAUCUUCCUCUUCCUCCAAGAUCCAGUCCCAUCAAGCAGAGGGGCUGAAAAUGAAGCUGAGCGAGGGCAGCCAUCAUAGCAAGGAGAUGUCCGAGGCGAGGUCCAGCAUGGAGUCUAGCAGGCAGCCUGCAGUGGACCAGGCCAUGUGGUACAGACAGGAGCCCGACUCCAGAAUGUGGCCCUACGUCUAUCCUAACAAGUACCCCGAUUCUCAGAAGCAGGAAGAGGAGCAGCGGUGGAAGGAGGAACGUGAGCGGGAGCGCAAGGGGAAGGAGGAGAGGCCCAGGCCCAAGGAGACUGCCCCGAAGGAGGAGAACAAGGAGAGCAUGGACCCCCGACUAGCCAUGCCCCCAUCGGAGGACCAUCGCAGCAAGGACCCCCGGUCUACCACCCACAUGCAGUUCACCUCCCACCUGGCGCAGCACCAGUCCUACAUGCCCUACAUUCACGGGUACCCCUACGCACAGGGCUACGACCCCAAUCACCCGGGCUACAGGGGCAUGCCCUCCGUCAUGAUGCAGAACUACCCAGGUUCCUACCUGUCCUCAGGCUACUCCUUCUCCCCCUACGGCAAUAAGAUGCCGGGCAGCGAGGAGGGAGAGAAGUCUCGAUCCAGCCCCACGGUGAGCAGUAAAUCCAGCUCCGAGUCCAAGGCCCUGGAUAUCCUACAGCAGCAUGCCAGCCAUUACAAGAGCAAGUCUCCCACGGUGAGCGACAAGCAGGCCCACGAGCGGGAGAGAGAUGAGCGGCCACGCUCCUCCCCAUCGCAACGCCUGAUGACCUCACACCACCACCUGGGCUACCCGCUGCAGUACGAUCUACCCUACGCAGCAGGCCUCUCAUCUUCAGCCAUCAUUGCCAGUCAACAGGCCUCAGCCCCUUCGUUGUACCCACCACCAAGGAGGUGAGACAGGGAGAGACCCGAUUGGCUCACCUCCAUGUUGAAACGUGUCAUGUGACUGGAUCACAUGAGGAAGCUUGUGGCGUUCAUUUAGGCAUCAGUUGAAUGGUGUUUCUAUUUUUUUUUUUUUUUUUUUUUUUGCUGCUGUAACGUCAGGCAGACUGUCGUCCUAGCAUCUACUUCUUAACUCUGGACUUUGAGAGCUGGUACAAACCAUAAAUCACAAAGCCAUCUAUGUUGAUUAUUACACACAGAACUAGCCACUAAACCUGGUCUUUGCACUGUGGACACAAUGAACACAAAAAACUAAAAACGAACCUGAAGAGACUAUUCUUUUGAUAGCAUUGUUUUUUCAUCAACAGCAGUCGACAAGGCCCUACAGGAAUUGUUGGCUGAACCGAGCCUUAGUUUCCCGCUUUCCACUGAACGGACGCUGCACCCCUUUUCCGAAGACUACAGAGCUUUUCUACCGUCGAACCGAUACAGACGUGUUUGCUGGCCAAGGGUCGUGUCUUUGAAGCCCCUCACACACGCAUUGUCUGUGCAAGCUGAAGCCAUUUUGAAAUCUUGCAAAAUGCAUUCCGAGAUAUCUGAAACAUUUCAACGAAUCAAAACCCCUUCUUUAUUUUUAGAUAUUUUAAAACACUGCUUAGUUCAGGAGUUUAAUCUUGAAUUUAAAAUAUCUUUAAAUGAGCUGCAGCAGGUAUAUUUUGUGUGUGUGAGUAAGAUGCCUGUGAAUAGUUACCUUAUAUAAAUAUAUAUAUUCUCAUAGGAGAAUGAGAUAUCUUUAGGUUUGUUUUAUCUUAAAUUAAUGGUGAUUUCUCUGUAUGACUUGCUCUUCAUAGACAUCCUGUUUUUAUUUUGAACUGUCUAGCCGAGGUGGCUUACAGACAUGAACCCUUCAUGGUUUACAGCAAUGUCUGUGCAUCCGUUAUCCACUGUGCUAAUGCUGGCUGUUUUAAAAGGCAUAGCCUGCUUUUAAAUGUAAUGAUUCACUGGAUUGUGCCUGGGCUUGUCAUCUUGUGAGCCACACACAUCACAGAGAAUUUGAAGUCAUGUGUUAUAAAAGGAAUGCACAACAGGGGGGGCAGUUGAGUAAAACAAAACACAGUCAAAUGAGUAACAGAGUUACUCCAGUUGCCAGUAACAUGCAAUUGAAAGGAAACACCAGAGUUGAACCAGUGCAAUGUCCCAAUGCCUCUGGAGUUAAAAUUAAUUACAUUUCAUUAACAAUUUAAGGAUUAUCACAGGGAAAUAGUUCAAUUUUUUUCAGGUCUACAGAUUCAAGAAAUGGGUGUGGCUAAGAACUAUGGGAGUUGUAGUUUUUAAAUUGGUGCUAAAUAAAGAUGGCAGAGCUUGGCAGCUCCCACUAUCCACCGUUGAUUCUGAUUGUAAAACAGCAUGUGUGUUUGUUUUUUUUGUUUUUUUUUACUGCAAUAUGGUGGCUGGUCGUCUUGUAAAAUCACCUUCAAUUUGAAUAAAAAAUCUGAAAUCUUUUUUUAAAAAUAGCUGUUUAUUUGUAACAAUGGUUCUAAGCCGGGAAUAUGUAUUUUAGGAGUGUAUUAUAUUUGCAAUCCGCCCAAUCAUUGCGGAACGAGCAAAUAAAGGUACCUUUCUCAGUUUCAGUAGCGGAGAUUUUGCACUAGUCUUAAAUGAAGUCUGAAAUACUGAGAUUCAUACCUGUUUUUAAUUCAGUAGCGGUCACAGCCUUUGCUGAUUUAUUCGAGUUGGACUUUUGUAACACUACACAGCAGCAGUUUUGAAUCCCCAGAUAGUGAUUAUGUACUCAAUUGGAGGUAGUCUCCACCAACUAUUCAAUACACAGGAGGCUAAAUCCAUUAUGCUGUGGAUGUAUUACUGAUAUUACAUUGCUUGCUUUGGAAAAGUCUCGGAAAAUCCUUUGUGUACACGUGGAAUUCAUCACCUCUAAAUAGCCUUUUCAUCACUAUUUCUCUUUGUGCAUAUUGUAGCACUGAAAGCACUACUCUGCUGUGUGUGCAUUCUGCAUACUAGGAUGUACCAGAGUUUGUAUCUCUCUCUCUCUCUCUCUCUCUCUCUCUCUCUUUCUCUCUCUUUUCCACACACAAUGUGGUUUUUGUAUAUAUUGUACAUAGGAAUUAUUUUAAAAAGCUGUCUGAUGCUAUUGAAAAAAGAACAGUAGCUGGCGUACCAACUUUCUCUCUGCAGUACUGUGAUUUUUUUAAUUUUUUUGUUCUUUUCUUUUUAAACCUUAUUUUUGUACAGUUUUGUGCCCGUCUAGAAACCUCAAAAUGAGAGCCACUGUUUUUACCCUACCUCCGUACAGGUGGCCCUUUUUAGGUAAGAAUUUGGAAGGUGGGAAGGAGGCAUUCAAAAAUGCUAGCGCUUCCCAAGUUCCUUGUUGCUGUAGCCAUGCUCAGUGUCACUGUCACUACAUGCUUUCCCUGGUUUUCAUUUAUGUUGUGAGAUGAUCAAUAGAGCCAGUCAUAAAUAUUGUUGAUAUGCAGGAUGUGCAGUCAGAAAGGCACUUUGCAUUCUUUUGAGAAAAAAAAAGAAAACACAUUUCCAAACUGAUUUUGAAGUAUCUGACAAGAGAAGUAUCAAACUGCUCCAUUCUGCUGCUUUUAUUAUUAUCUUUAUGGUAAGCUUUUAAUGCAGUGGCAGCUACAGCGCCCUCUAUGUACUGUAGGUUGAUAGUGCUAGAAUAUUGUAGCAUCCUUUGCUGCCUUAACCUGCCACCUGUUUGUUUGUUUGUUUGUUUGUUUUUCUCCACAACAACAACACAGUGGAUAUACAAUCAAAACUAUAUGUUUAGAGGGUUUGUCACUGAACAGCCUGGUCUCAGUUUAUAUUUACAAGUAUUUGGGUCUGUGGUUGGCAGCUGUAUGAAAUCUCCUCUUCCACUCCCUAGGUCCCUGGUUAAAGAAUUCAUAAAGGCAGCCUGUUUUUAGCAGGUUUUAACUUUAAAGUGGAGAAAAAUGUAAGAAUUGCAUUGUGUGUAAUAUACUGUUGAGUUCAUGUUUAUUACAUUCAUAUUUGAAAGUGACAUGUUUGAAGGGCUAAGUAUCAAAGUGGCAUAUCCUUUUUUUUGAGAAGAAGCUUGUUCCUCAUUAGACUGUGUAACAUGGCACUGGGUUUAUUUAAUAUAGUUUUAUUGCCCUUCCUACACACAAGUUGUCUCAAGCGACCUUGUCGAUUUGAGCUGAACUCUGUUUUCUUGUUUUUUUGUUUUGUCUUCUGAACCAGAUCCUUUUUUUUUUUUUUUUUUUUUUUUUUUUGCUGCUCUCCUCAGGAGAUAUACAUAAAAUAAGUGGAAUUAGUGGUCUAAAAAUGUCAUAACAUAAAGUUUCCAAACUGAGCGAUGCCACUUUUCUACUUAUCCUUUCCUUUGCUUGGAUGUUGCUAAGCAACCCAACUAUAGACUGUUCCUGGCUGUAACUCUCUGAUGCGCCGCCCACUUUAGAUUUAUGUUGGCUGAGCCCAGGUGAACUUGGUACAUCUGAAGUGUCUGAACAUUUUCCUCUGUAUGAAAGCGGUAUCAGUAAGCCAUGAGAAUGCAAUGGUAAAUAAAUUGACCACCGGUCGGAAGCAUUGAAGGCUGUAUUCCAAAACAAGGGAGUCAACCUACCCUAAACCCUCACAGUCUAAACCUCCCAUGUCAACUAUUUCUGCAGAGGCUACUGUGAUUUCAAGUUUUGUAACUACAAAACAAGAAAACUCAUUAACUGUGAACUCUACAAAAUCUUAGUUAUUGAAACUGCUUUGAUCAUUGUACCUCAGAGAGAAUAGUGACAUUGAGAGGGUGGAUAGUCAUAUGCAAUAUUACAGUGGAAAGACGCUCUCUGCAAAGCCUUGGUUUGGUAUACAGUAUGUGGUAUUCAGCCCUGUGUUACUUUGAAUGUUGGCUGCUGAAUUGGUAUACCCUUCAAUGCUUGUGACGUUCUGCUUUUGUGCACGCUCUACUAAAGUAGGUGUAUAGAUAUACCAAUUUCUGGCAGUCAACAAAAUCAUGCAACCCCACUGGCUGCUAAAUUUGUCUCUCAUUUCUGUUUUUUAAAAUACCUUCAACAAAAGUGUAAUGAAAUGUGCCACCAAAUGGAAUAGAAUGGGUUUCAGAGCAUUAUAAACAAUAAGGGAUGUCUACAGCAAAUUAACGUCUGUGCUGACUAGAAAUCUUUUUCAGUUUUCCAUGUUUUUUUAAGAUAUAAAAGGCUGAGGUUCAACCUAGUUCUGUUGGUAGUAACUUAACAAUGUGUUUACCUUUGCACCCAGAAUCACAAAGCUGUUGUAAGGGUGCUACAGACAGGAAGAAAGUGCAUGGUUUCAAUGUGUGUGAAAAUGUUUCUCUGAUGACAAAGCCAUUGCUCAGCCCUGUUUGGAAAUGGUGUUUUCAGAGACGUCAUUUAGCAGCAAGAGAAGGGAAGUGAUCUGUUACUGUGGAUGCAGUUUUGCUUUCUAAAAAUCCGUAAGGUUUUGUUUGUUCUUUCCUUUUUCUCUCCUGACCACCCUCCCAGUCAGACACAGGGGUGAUGGAAUUCAUAACCAUCAUCGGUACUUGAAAGGUAGAUGUUUACAGCGUUUUUCUUUUUUGAUUGCUGCGUUUGAUUUUACCUUCUCCAAGUUUUCUCUAUGUAAAGUGUACAUUACCAUGUUUCUUUUUUUUAAUACAAUACUGUAACUUGCCUUUGUACAUUUAGGCAAACAAAAAUAAAUCUUUUUAUGAGAC